AUGAGUCAGAAUCCGGUCGUGUUCUUUGAUGUUACCAUAGGCGGAUCGGCAAAGGGUCGGAUAGAAAUGGAGCUCAGAGCAGAUGUUGUCCCCAAGACGGCUGAAAAUUUUAGGUGCCUCUGUACGGGCGAGAAGGGUAUCGGAAAAUUGGGGAAGCCUCUGCAUUUUAAGGGAUCAGCUUUUCAUCGUGUGAUACCAAACUUUAUGGCCCAAGGCGGUGACUUCACUCGUGGAAAUGGCACCGGCGGGGAGUCGAUUUACGGUUCCAAGUUUGCGGAUGAGAACUUUACUCUUAAACACACUGGGGCAGGUACUUUAAGUAUGGCAAAUGCCGGACCGAACACAAACGGUUCCCAGUUUUUUCUUUGCACGGCCGAGACGCCUUGGUUGGACGGGAAACAUGUUGUAUUCGGCAAGGUUGUGUCGGGACAAGAUGUGGUCAGCGCCAUUGAGCAAGUAGGAAACGAAUCAGGCAAAACUCGCGUUCCAGUCAUUAUUGCGGAUAGUGGACAGCUACGCUAA